AUGACUACUCCCAAUCGGGGCUCCGAUAUGGCCGACUUCUUCGACUUUGGGGAGGCAGCCAUGCUGGAAUCGCAAGAAAACACGAUUUUAGAUUUUUCAAAUUUACCAAACGAGGAGAGGCAAUUCGAGCAUGGGCUAACAGUACCAAGCCAUGCUUCCAACGACAGCACUGGAGAACCUUCCCAACUUACCGUGACACCUACCAAGAGUGCAGAAUUCAACACAGACUUUUCCAGUUGGUUGCCUCGAUACCAAAAACCUGUUCAGCCUUGUGAAUACUGUCGAUCAAAAUCCCUCGAAUGCUUCAUCUACAACUCCGGACAAGAACAGUCGAAAUGCUGCUCGCCAUGCAACGCUUUGUUCCGCCCAUGCAGCUUCAGCAACCCUGACAAGACACAAGUCUCAAUGCGAGGGACUGCUCUGGAUACACUAGACGUUGUGACAGAGAACGAUGCUCACCAAUACGGAGGGCUUACUGGACGUAAGCAACUGCGAAGCCUAGGUCACGUAGGUCCCAUCGAAGACGAAAAUGAAGGAGAGCAAGGCUCCAAGAAAGGAGCCGCUGCUACCAGGUUUCCGCGAGCGGCCACGAAGAUCUUGAAGGAUUGGAUGAUUGCUCAUAUUGACCACCCCUACCCAACCGAAGAAGAGAAGGAAGCCCUGAUGCAGCAGACCGGCCUCUCACUGGGCCAAGUAUCGAAUUGGAUGGCGAACACGCGCCGUAGAUACAAGUCCAGACCGAAGCGAAAUUCAUCACCAAGUAUUCGUCCAUCCACAGCAGUCAUCAAUAUUCCAGCAGGGAGGACAUGGGAGUCUCUGAAUCCUUUUGAACGAUGGAAGCACUCUCCCCCUGAGAACGAACCGGCGCCCUUGACAGCCAUUGCCCAGGCCGUCGAAACUUUUGAUCCACCAGAAUCCGCCAGUCUAAGCAGUAGCUAUCACAAAGACACGUCAAACCACAGUACGGGCAGUUUCUCCAUAUUCAAGGCACCUUCCAUCUCGUCUCUCGAAACUGGUUUCACAAACAUGUCGUCUGGCUCACUUGGAUCUCAUAAUUCUGCCUACUCGUACGGUUCCCGGCAUUCACUUGGUUCCAUGACCAGCCUGAAAUCGAAGGAACGACGUCGGCGACGCCGCCUCCCAACACGACCGCCAAAGGCAGAUGCUAGUGCUGGCCCACGACUUUUUCAGUGCACUUUCUGCACCGAUCAAUUCAAGUCCAAGUAUGACUGGUCUCGUCACGAGAAAAGCCUGCACCUAUCGCUUGAGAAGUGGCUGUGUGCACCCAUUGGCGAGAUCGUAGCCGACAAGACCACGGGCAAGCCGAGAUGUGUCUACUGCGACGAGCUUGAUCCGAGCAAAGAGCACUUGUCUACUCAUAACCACGUCGCUUGCUACGAAAAAGGCCCCGAGUCUCGAACGUUUUACCGCAAGGAUCAUCUGAGGCAGCAUCUGCGGUUGAUGCACGGCUGCAAGAUGAUACCCAGUAUGGAUUCCUGGAAAUCCGAGGCCCAGUACAUCAAGUCUCGAUGUGGGUUCUGUGGCAUGACGUUUGAGAAAUGGCAGGAGCGCGUCGAUCAUCUGGCGAAGGAGUUCCGCAGUGGAGCGGACAUGAAGAAUUGGAAGGGGUGCCGUGGUUUGGAUCCUCAUGUUGCCAUGCAUGUUACCAAUGCGAUGCCCCCAUAUCUCAUUGGCAAUGAGAAGUUGUCGCCCUUUCCUUUUUGUGCCAGCAACUCUGCAAGCUUACAGCAAGCGAACAUUCUGCACGACGGCAACGAUCUAGAAAACCUGCUCGCGAAUUCGAAUGGCAAUAGCCCAACAAGCGAUCUAUCCGCGGCUUAUCAAAAAGAUGCAAAUCCCUCCACAAUCGGGCCCAUGCUCCUCACCACACCAAAAGACUACACCACCUCCUCAAAGCCCACCGCACAACCCAACGCAACAUGCUGGGAGAUUCUCACCCUUCGCCUGGGAAAGUUCACACGCGAAUACAUGGCACAACACGGCGCGGCCUCCAUGACCGACGCCCUUCUACAGCGCGAAGCCCGCAACAUCCUCUACAGCGACCCCGACGACACCUGGAACCAAACCUCAGCCGACAACCCGGAAUGGCUCGCCCUGUUCAAGCGUGCCCACGGCCUCGACACCUCGACUCCCGCCUCGCACCUCCCUCUCCCCUCGUCCCCACACACCAUCUACGAAGAUCUCGGCCUCCACGCAAACACAACCCUGGACCCCAGCUUCAACAUGCACAACUUCCCCACCUUUGCAGCUGCAACGACGACAUCCACAACCGCACAGGACCGCGCUGCAAUCUUCCAGUGCACACUCACAGGCUCAACCCGCUUCGGCCCUCCCCACUCAUCAACACUUCCACCCUCCACCUCCACCUCCACCUCCAUCUCCCCUCCUUGCCUCCAAAACCUCCAAUCCCCAUACACCAAACCCCCCCUAUCCCUCUUCGACCCCAUCUCCGAACUCGCCUGCGCCGGCCCAAACGGCCCUUGUUUCGGCGAAAACGGGGAGCCAGGCUUCUCCACCAGAAUUGCGGGCUCUUCUCAUCCCCGCCAUACGAAGCGCUACUGGCUCGAUGGUGCGCCGGGUGCGCAGGUACAUGAUGUGCUGGAUCUGCAGAUGCAGAGUGCGGUGGAGGCGGUGACGCAGGAUGCGGGUUGUAUGGAUGUGCAGGGUGGGUUUGAGGGUUUGCCUUGGGAGGCUGAUUUGCUUGGAUUUGGGGUGGAGGGUCAGGGGGAGGGAUUGGACGGGUUGGGGACGGGGGGGAAAGGAGAUGGGGAUGGUGGUGUAGAUGUACAUGUCCAUGUAGGUGUAGGUGUAGAUGGAUCGGGGAGUACAGCGCAGGGAUGGGACGAUGGCGAGUUUGGAUUCACAAUGGAUUUGGAUGGGGAGUUUGAUUUUGGCGGGUUAGGGGGGUUGGUGGGUUGA